CAAUGAUCCACAUCGGGCAUUGUCGGCGUCACAUGGCUCGUCAUGCAGUCUGUGGUUCGUACGCGUACAUACUUAAAGGGAUGCUCGAAAUCCCAGGCCUGGUGCGCCAUCCGUUCUUCAAGUUUGUGACACCAUGAGCACUGGUCCAACUUCCAAUCUGCCGAAGACACAGCGAGCUUGGAGAGCUGUGAAGCGGGGGAAGCCAUCUGAAUCUCUUGUUUUUCAGACGGACGUGGUUGUCCCUUCUCUUUCACCUGGAGAAGUGCUUGUGAAGGUUCAGGCAGCUGCACUUAAUCCGGUAGGAUGGAAGGUCAUGUCGACUGUGCCCAACGUCCUUGCCAGGAGACCAAUCACACCAGAACAUGAUUUCGCCGGCGUGGUAGUGGACGCAAACGGCACAGAGUUCUCCGCAGGAGACGAGGUUAUCGGUUUCAUACCAGUUACACUGCAGUUGAAGACUGGGCAGGGGGCGCUGACGGAGUACACAAAGCUUCCUGCUGCUAAUCUAGUCUUGAAGCCGUCCAAUGUAUCUGUGAUCGAGGCUUGCGGUCUUCCUCUAGCCGGGGAGACUGCUUUUCAGGCCCUAGUGGAUAUAGGAAACCUUCAAGCUGGCCAGAGCGUGUUUGUCAACGGCGGAAGUUCAGCAGUUGGGAUGUAUGCUAUUUAUAUUGCAAAAGCUCUUGGGGCCAAGGUUGUCACGAGUGCUUCUUCAAGAAAUGAGGAAUUUUGUCGUAAAGCGGGGGCAGAUGAAUUUGUCGAUUACACUAAAAAACCUCUUCACGAGCAUUUCAUGGAAAAUCCGCCUUCGCCUAAAUUCGACAUCAUCUUCGACGCUGUUGGUUUGACUGACACCGCUCUAUAUAAGUCCUCGAAUGCCUACAUGAAGCCAAAAGGGGUAUACAUAUCGACCGGACCUUGGCCAGAUCUGAAGUCGUGGGGAGGAUCUACCGGCGUCGCAAAUUUGCUUUCUCUGGGCUGCGAAAUACUUCGGCCAUCGUUCCUCGGUGGUGUUAAUGCAAAGUGGACUAUGGUAAGUGUAAAUCACAAGCCACAGGAUCUUGCAAAGCUGCGCGAUUUGGUAGCAGAAGGCAAGCUCAAACUGGUGGUGGACUCCGUGUAUGGAUUCGAGGACGUUCUCAGUGCUUAUGAGCGCAUCAUGACUUCACGAGCUACUGGCAAAGUUGUAGUCAAAGUGGACGACAGCCUUUGAGUCUGACAACGUAUUUAAGUACUACUAUGUUUCGAAUGCGUUACCCGUAUUGCUGCUGGUGAUGACAUUUCUACCUAGAGAUAAACAUCGAAUCUGGAUCGUCAAGAGGCACCGAAGAAGUUGAUCACCAGACAGAAGUGAUGGCAUCUGGUUCCGACGAACUCGCCAUGAUAUUAUAGCUGAAAUUUACAUACAACUUGCAGCAUUAGCCAAUAUUGUUGCAGUCCAAGUCUGUAUACGCCUCCGUACUAAUAAAUAAUUCUCAACCGGCA